AUGUAUCAGUUGGAACCCGUAUUGGGCACAACCGCCUCUUCAUACUUCUACCCAUCGCAAAAUUCGGAUGCGAAAAUCCCAGAAGGAAUUGUGAAGAAACGACGACAGAUAUUUGUCGAGCCGUCGCCAGACGUUUUCCAUACGCCAACCGCGAGCAGCGCCGAAGGAAGUCUGACGAAACACUAUCCGAUAACCCGCGUGACACCGGCUGACAGUUUCAGCUCGACGACGAAACAGAAGCCGAAUUUGACGGCGCACGUUCGAAUCAUACCGCCACCGCCAUCGUCAAAGAAGGCAAUUCACGAAACGCCGAAACGAGAAUGCCUUGACAUUGUUCGAUUCGGCAUCACGGCACCGUCGGAAUUGGUGCGAGGUGGUCCGAUAUGGAUCAAUUCGGGUCCAAAGCCGCCCGAAGCCGAUGGUGUUGCGUCUACGACGACGUCGUCGAGAAUCGCGAAUCUAUGGCGACCGUCGAAUCCCGUCCGUCGUCACGUCAUCACGCGAUUUCAUCGAAACGACGACGAAUUGCCGUCGCUGACGAUCAAUGUGCAGACGAGGAAUGAUGAGAAUGACAACGAAAGCGAGUUGUCGUGUCGAACUGAUUGGCGCUAUUACGAAUCGAAGCGGCUCAGAGUUACGGAUUCAUCGCGACGAACCUCGGAGGAUCAUGGGAGUGUCGCCAGCGAUAGUUCGCAGAUCAUGUCGAUGCAUGACCAGAUUGUUCGCUAUUCGGCCAACGGCAACGGCAACAUGGAUGCGACGAGCAGCGGGAUGUCGGAUCGCGAGACGUCGCUGGUGGUUCGACUCGAACGCGAAUUGACCGAAGCGCAACAAUGUGUAGAAUCAUCGUCUGAAUCAGCAGAUCAAAACGUUGGCGAAUAG